AUGCCCAAACAUCUGAGUGAGAAUUACAAGCAACUCAAUGAGAAUUAUAAGGAGCUGAACAAGAAAUACACCAGUAUGAAUGAGAAUCAAGAGGAAAUGAAGAAUGACAUACCUGUAAUAAAGAAUACCCUGGAAGGAUUCAACAGUAGACUAGAGGAAGCUAAGGACAAAAUCAGUGAGUUAGAAGAUAAGAUAGAGAGCCUGGAUUUUUUAUUUCUAUUAAAGACAAUUGAAGAUUUCUAUAAAAGUGAAGAUGGGGAAAAUCUAGAAAUUCUCUGUCCAGUUCAAGAUCAAGCAUGUGUAGCCAAAUUUGAAGAUGGAGUUUGGUACCGAGCAAAAGUCAUUGGAUUGCCUGGACAUCGUGAAGUUGAAGUUAAAUAUGUGGACUUUGGCAAUACUGCAAAAAUAACACUUAAAGAAAUGCGUAAAAUAAAGGAUGAAUUUCUGAGUCCCCCAGAGAAGGCAAUUAAAUGUAAGCUGGCCUAUAUUGAACCAUGUAAAGGGACAUUGCAGUGGUCCAAAAAAGCUAAAGAAAAAUUUGAAGAAAAAACUCAAGAUAAAUUUAUGACAUGUUCAGUCAUUAGAAUUCUGGAAGAUAACGUUCUCUUGGUUGAGCUUUUUGAUUCUCUUGGUGCUCCUGGAAUGACUCCUAUUAGUAUUAAUGACCAGCUAAUCAAAGAGGGCCUAGCAUCUUAUGAAGUAGGGUACACCAUCAAAGAUAAUUCUAAAAAGCAUACUGAAGUGUGGGAUCCUUCUCCAGAAGAAAUUAUUUCAAAUGAAGUAAACAACUUAAAUUCUGUGACAGCAAAAUCUCUACCUAAUGAGAAUCUUCAGUCACUUUACAAUAAGGAACUGCCUGUGCAUAUCUGUAAUGUAAUAUCUCCUGAGAAGAUUUAUGUUCAGUGGUUAUUAACAGAAAACUUAAUUAAUAGUUUAGAAGAAAAGAUGGUAGCUGCUUAUGAAAACUCACAAUGGGAACCUAUUAAAUGGGAAAAUGAUAUGCACUGUGCUGUUAAGCUUCCAGAUAACAAUCAGUGGCGAAGAGGCCAGAUCAUCAGAAUGGUUACAGACACAUUGGUAGAGGUCUUGCUGUAUGACGUGGGUGUUGAACUAGUAGUGAAUAUUAACUGUUUAAGAGAACUUCAAGAAAACCUAAAGACAAUGGGAAGAUUAUGUUUGGAAUGCUCUCUUGUUGAUAUAAGACCAACUGGUGGGAGUGACAAGUGGACAGCGACAGCCUGUGACUGUCUUUCACUGUACCUAACUGGAGCAGUAGCAACUAUAAUCUUACAGGAAAACAACACGACAUGGCCAUUACCUGUGAAAAUUUUUUGCAGAAAUGAAAAAGGAGAGCGUGUUGAUGUCUCUAAAUAUUUGAUUAAAAAGGGUUUGGCCUUGAGAGAAAGGAGAAUUGAUAAAUUAGAUAGCAGCCAUUCAUUAUCUGAGAAGUCUCUGGAAAUCCCCCUGAAACAAGAAGAUUCAAUGGUUACUAAGUGUAUUAAAAUUAACUCUGACCCUGACAAAAAAGCUGCUGAUAUUAUCAAUGAACACAGGGUGUCUGCAUUUAAGGAGAACAUUCUAGAAGCAAGGACCCCUGGAUGCUAUAAACCACCAGUUAUUCCCAACAUGAAAGUAUUUGAGGCAGUAGUCAGUUGCAUUGGUGAUGAUGGAACAGUAUUUGUGGUGCCUAAAUUGUCAGAAUUUGAGCUAAUAAAAAUGAUGAAUGAAAUUCAAAAUAAUUUAAAAUGCCUUGGUCUUUUGGAGCCUUAUUUCUGGAAAAAGGGAGAAGCCUGUGCAGUAAGAGGAUCAGAUACUAUGUGGUAUAGAGGCAAGGUAAUCGAAGUUGUUGGCGGCACUAUCAGGGUACAAUAUUUAGAUCAUGGACUCACUGAGAAGAUCCCACAAUGCCAUCUCUACCCUAUUUUGCUAUAUCCUGACACACCCCAGUUUUGUAUUCCUUGUCAGCUCUAUCAUACCAUACCUGUUGGUAGUGUCUGGCAACCAGAUGCAAUAGAACUCCUUCAGGAACUGCUUUCAAAGAGAGAGGUGGAAAUUCACAUUAUGGAAUUGCCGGAAAAUCCCUGGGGGAAAUUAUCUGUGCAUCUCUAUUUUGAUGGAAUGUCACUUUCUUAUUUUAUGGCACACCAUAAAUACUGUACUUUUGAACAUUCUGAGGAGGUAUUAAAAGAAAAACCAACAGAUUACAGUAAAAAGUAUGAGGAUGAAAGAUGGGAAAUAAGGUUUGAGGAAUUGCUUUUGUCUGAAACAGAGACCCCUAUUUUACCACCAUAUUUGCCUUCAUCUCUGCCUCCCCCAGAAGAACUCUAUGCUGUUCAAGUGAAGCACGUGGUCUCACCUAAUGAGGUGUACAUUUGCCUUGAUUCUGUAGAAAAUUGUAAUCUCUGUAACCAGCAUAGUGACACAGAUGACAGUGGAGUCAGCUGGGAAUCUGAGUCUGAGAGCCUCAAUGAAGCUCUGCGGAGGUUCAAUACUAAUGUGGAGACCUUCCCACCUCUGACAGACUUCAGAACAGAAAUGCCUUGCCUUGCGGAAUAUGAUGAUGGCUUAUGGUAUAGAGCAAAGAUUGUUUCCAUUAAAGAAUUUAAUCCUCUAGCCAUCCUGGUUCAAUUUGUGGAUUACGGAUCAACUGAAAAGCUGACGAUAAACAGACUACGUCAGAUUCCUCUUCACCUUAUGCAGUACCCAGCCCGAGCCAUAAAGGUUCUAUUGGCAGGAUUUAAACCUCCCUUAAAAGAUUCAGGAAAGACAAGAAUACCAUAUUGCCCCAAAUGGAGCAUGGAAGCUUUGUGGGCUAUGAUAGACUGUCUUCAAGGAAAACAACUUUAUGCUUCUUCCAUGACUCGGGCACCAGAACAAAUAGUGACACUGUAUGAAGAUGAACAGUAUCCAGUUCAUAUGUCAUUAGUAGAAAUGGGGCUCGCAGAGCGAGAUGAAUGAUGUAUACAGCCCAGGAGAAAGUUUUCUGUUGUAUGUAGACCAUUUCAGGCUUGUUUUUCUUUACUUGUUCUGCAAUAAUUCCCCCUACCAUGUU